AUGGAUUUUCCUAUAAUGUUGAGACAAGAAUUGGUUUCUUCGCCAGUUACUAUUGCAACUGCUAGUACAAGUUUACAAAUGAAAAGUCCAACAUCUUCACAAUUCAAUUCAAUACGAUUGAAACAAGUACAAAGCAUUGAUUCUUUAACUCAUCAUCCUUUGUUAAAUAAUGAUGACGAGGAGGACAACAACAGUGAUCUACUGAUUUCUAAAUGGGCAAAUUCUGUUGGUGGACAAAUAUUGACUAAACUUCGUGAAAUGGAUAAGAUGUAUUCUGAUAUCAUACAAUUAUUAAUCUCCAAAAAGACAAUUGAUAGGGAUUUGUUGCAAGAUCAUAUAAUUUUCACAUUACCAAUAGAUGAAGGUACUAAAGUAAUAACAAUGAGUGCAAUCAGAGGAUUCAUUCAAAAUGAGGUUUUUAAGGCUAUAGAUUUAAUGCCUUCAGAACAUGAACUUUCCUCAACGUUUUUGGAUAAUCCAAAGAAUCGCAGAUCAGUAUUUGACUCUUUUGCAAUACCAGAUGAUCUUGAUGAUGAUUAUCCAACCAUCAAGAUAACCAAUAGUAAUGUUGAUAUUUUAUUACAAGGAAUGACGAUCCAAGCAAUUGUAAUAGAAUCGUCACUUAAAUUUAAAGAAAUAUCAGAGAAAAUUGCCACAAAAGAAACAGCCAAUAAAAAAAACAUUGAACUACCUAAUUUAUCUGAAUCAUUGCUUAUUGAAUCAACAUGUGAAAAAAUCCAAUUAUUUUAUGAAUUUAUACAUUCAGAAAUUGAGAAACAGAUCAAUACCACUGAAAAAUCAAUUGAUGAUUCAGAGAUUGAAAUAUUUGAAAAAUUAAAUGCCAUCGAGAAAUAUGUAUGUGCCACGCUAUACGAUAAUAUUUUUUGUCCAAACUGGUCAAAUGAUAAUGGUAUACAUGAUAACUUGUUAAGUUCAAAAAUAGCAGCAUUAAACCUACUAGAUUUAAAUUUAAAACAUCUUGGUGUUGAUAUUAUUGAAUCAAAUCAGCAAGAAUCGAUUGAUAUGGCAGUUCAGAACGCUGGUAUAGAAUUACAAAAUCUGAACAAGAGAAAAUCUCCACUUGAAAAACUUGAAAGUCUUGUGCUAUGUCAUAAGAUCAUUAAUGCUAUCGACUCUGUAAAAGAUGUGAAUUCUACAAAAGAUAUGGAUUCUGUAAAAGAUAUCGAACCUGUAAAAGAUGUCGAGUUUGCAAAAGAUGUUGACUCCGCAAAAGAUGUUGAUUCCGCAAAAGAUGUUCAACCGGAUUAA